GGAAUCAGUGUGCAUGACAAUCAGCUAAUCACUGCCAGACCAGAGCUGUUAUGGAGAUAGAAACAGCCAGGACAUGGCUAUCUCUGGACAUUCAGCACUAUCUGCGACUUUUGCUGACACUUUGCCUUUUGGCAAUUGUGCUGAAAAUUUCACAACUGUUCAUUAAAAGGAGGAAAGUAGAGAAAAUAUUCCAGCAAUUCCCAGGACCCCCUAGACACUGGCUUCUGGGGAAUGUGGAUAAGGUGAGUGUAGGAUAUAUUUAAAUACCCAGAUCUGGAACAGGAGGGCUGCACUCCCCUAAACAUGCAUACAUUAUAAGGGUGCUGCUUGGGCCAGUUGUAGGAUUUGCCAAAAAUGGGUGUAUUGGCAUUGUGGCAGGCUGGUGCAGUGUAUAACCAUAAAUCGAUUGUUCAAUUAGAUCCCUUGAGUGUUGAGGUUUCUUGGUUUUUUUUUUUUACUAGAUUAUUGAGUGCACUGGAUUCUAUAUGGUUUUUAGAAACUGAUCUCAGACCACAGCACCUUCAUAAUGUAUGCAUGGGAAAUGCAAACAGUGCCAUGGUUAAUGACUGAAGUGGGAAUUCAUAGUGAAUAUCAAAUUUAAGGCGAAAAUAGAUAAAUUGAGGUUUUGCAGUUUGUUUGCAAUUUUCUCUUUAGUAAUUAUUCCUAUGGUGUGUGGAUUUUUAUUUUUUUGCUUCAAAAUCUAAAUCUAAUCUGUUUGUGUAUAGAAGGGGUUAAUGCAUUUCACAAAUAAUUACUUAUUUUGUGGGAAGAUGACACUUUCAUAUAUUCUUCUAUUAAGGGUUAAGUAUGAUUUUUGCAAAUAUCAAAGGUCAUUAAGAAACCCAGCAUUUUAGCAUUUUUGAUCUUUGACUUAAAGCACACAUUCAAAGUUAUUCAGUAAACGCAAACCGGAAUAUUUACUAAAGUGAGUAAAAAAUGUUAAACUUUAACCCCUUCAGGACGGAGUCAAUAGUACACAUUCUGAUCAAAACAAAACGUAAACAAAAACUGGAAUUUGCACUAUAUGUCUGUUCAACCAUAAUUCACCUUUCAUAUUAAAUUCACCCACACUUAUUAUAUAUCAUUUUGUUCAGGAGAAACAGGGCUUUCAUUUCAAAUAUGUAUAUAUGAAACAAUUUAUUAUGAAUAAAAUUUAAAAAACUGUGAAUUUUUUUAUUUUUUUAAAUUUGUACUUCCGCCUCACAUUUUAGCUGUAAAUGUCAUAUUUGGCCAGUGUUUGUGACUAAGUGGCUACUAAAAAUGACUGGACAUACCCCAUCUGCAAUACCUUGGGUGUCUACUUUUGCAAAUGGUAUGCCAUCAUGGGGGUAAUUCUUAUUCCUGGUCUACCAUACGGUCUCAAAUGCAACAUAACCAAUCUGACAAAUUUCAAUGUGAAAAAAAUGAAAUGCAAGCCUUAUAUGUGACACUCUAACUUUCCAAAACACCAGAAAACCUGUACAUGGGGGUAUUGUUAUUCUCAGGAGACUUUACUAAACACAAACAUUAGUGUUUUAACCCCUUAGCGACCGAGGACGGUUCAGGACCGUCAUCGGCAUUUUUGCCUUGAGGACCGAUGAUGGUCCUGAACCGUCCUAACGGUCUUAGUUACUUACCUGAUCGCCGUCGUUCCCCCGGCGGCGAUCAGCGUGGCUCCGGUUGUGGGGAGACUGCCUGCAGCCCAGACAGUCUCCCCACACUGAAUUAGGACCCCUGUGGCCAUGUGAUCGCUUAACACAGCGAUCACAUGGUCACAAUAGGUGUCCAUAGUGCUGCCUGCAGGGGGACUGUCUGUGCUGACAGGCAGUCUCCCUGCAUGUGUAAAAUCAAUAAAAAAAAAUAAAGUUAGUGUUAAUUAAAAAUAAAAAAAUAUUAUAUUUGUGUAUAUAUGAUAUAUAGACAUAUAUUAUAUCUAUAUAAUAUAUGUCUAUAUAUCAUAUAUAUAUAUAUAUAUAAUGCCAUACUAAGUGUAUUUUUAUAUUAAUAUGUACUUAUAUUAAUAUAAAAAUACACUUAUAAUUAAAUUACACGUGUGUGUGUGUAUAUAUAUAUAUAUAUAUAUAUAUAUAUAUAUAAUAACUAUAUAUAUAUUGUGUGUGUGUGUAUAUAUAUAUUAUUAUAAAAUAUAAAUAAUAAGUAAUUUAAAUUAAAUAAAAAAUUUUUAAAAUAAUAAUAAAAAAAUAAAAAAAAAUAUAUAUCUAUAUGAAAUUUUAUUCUAACUGUAUUUUAAAAUUAAUAUAUAUAUAUAUUUAUAUCAAAAUACACUUAGAAUGAAUUUGUAUAUAUAUCUAUGUAUAUAAAAAUAAAUAAAAAAUAAUAAGAAAUAUACAUAUGUCCAUAUAGAAAAUUACAUAAAUAAUUAUAUAAAUAUACACGUAGACUUCAAAUAUAUAAAUAUGCAUAUAUAUUUAAAUUCUACGUGCGUAUUUAUGUAAUAGUUUUACAUAAUUCAGUAAUUUUAUUGAUUGCAAUUUAAGGGACCUGCCUGCCAACCCAGGCCGAAAUUCCAGAGAAUUGAAUUUGCUAGCACUGUAUUUUACCCUGUAACGUUCUACGACACCCUAAAACCUGUACAUGGGGGGUACUGUUUUACUCGGGAGACUUCGCUGAACACAAAUAUUAGUGAUUCAAAACAGUAAAACAUAUCACAGCGAUGAUAUUGUCAGUGAAAGUGACUUUUUUUGCAUUUUUCACACACAAACAGCACAUUUACUGAUGAUAUAAUUGUUGUGAUACAUUUUCCAGUUUUUAAACACUAAUAUUUGUGUUCAGCAAAGUCUCCCGAGUAAAACAGUACCCCCCAUGUACAGGUUUUAUAGUAUUUUUGAAAGUUACAAGGUCAAAUAUAUGGGUCAAAUAUUUUUACAUUGAAAAUGGCCAGGUUGGUUACGUUGCCUUUGAGAGCGUAUGGUAGCCCAGGAAUGAGAAUUACCCCCAUGAUGGCAUACCAUUUGCAAAAGAAGACAACCCAAGGUAUUGCAAAUGGGGUAUGUCCAGUCUUUUUUAGUAACCACUUGGUCACAAACACUGGCCAAAAUUAGCGUUCAAUUUAGUUUUUUUACUUUUUUCACACACAAACAAAUAUGAAUGCUUACUUUGGCCAGUGUUUUAGACUAAGUGGCUACUAAAAAAGACUGGACAUACCCCAUAUUGAAUACCCUGGGUUGUCUACUUUAAAAAAAAUAUGUACAUGUGGGGUGUUAUUCAGAGAUUUAUGACAGAUAAUAGUGUUACAAUGUCACUAUUGAUAAAUUUAAAAAAUUUAUGUUUUGAAACCGCAAUAUUCUACUUGUACCUAUAGCCCUAUAACAUGCAAAAAAAAGCAUGUAAACACGGGGUAUUUUUAAACUCAGGACAAAAUUUUGAAUCUAUUUAGAAGUUUUUUUAAUUCGCUUUUGUAGAUGAGUAAAAGAUUUUUCAAGUAAAAGUCAAAAAACAUGUAUUUUUUUCAAUUUUUCAUCAUAUUUUUUUAUUUUUUUUAAAAUUAAAAUACAUGAGAUUAUAUAAAUAAUGGUAUGUAAAGAAAGCCCCUUUUGUCCUGAAAAACAAUAUAUAAUUUGUAUGGGAACAGUAAAUGAGAGAGCGGAAAAUUCCAGCCAAACACAAACACCACAAAAGUGUAAAAAUAUGCCUGGUCGCAAAUGUACAACAUCGCAAAAACAGUCCAGUCCUUAAGGGGUUAAAACAGUAAAACAUAUUACAACAAUAAUAUAGUUCAUAAAAGUGCCUUUUGUUUGUAAAAAAUUCUAAAAAGUCACUUUUACUUAAAAUAUCAUUGUUGUAAUACAAUUUACCAGUUUGAAACACUAAUAUUUGAGUUCAGCGAAGUCUCCUGAGUAAAACAGUACCCCCUAUGUACAGGUUUUAUGGUGUCUUGAAGAGUUACAGGGUCAAAUAUAGUGCUUGCAAAUUAAAUUCUCUGCACUUUGUCCCUGUGUUGUCAGGCAUGUCAAUCAAAUUUUAAUUAAUCAAAUCACAUAAUUAUGUUAAAAGAUUACUUAAAUAUACACGUAGAAUUUAUAUAUAUAUAUGGAUUUCUAGGUAUUGAAAUUCGACGUGUAUACUAAUGUAAUUUUGUGUGUGUGUGUGUGUGUGUGUGUGUGUAUCAGGGCCGGAUUAACAUAGGGGCUGAUGGAGCUGCAGCUCCAGGCCCAGGCCCAUGGAAUAGGCCCAUUGAUUUAUAAAAAAAAAAAAUAUAUUAUUAUUUUUUUUUACAUUUUUUUUUUUCACACACUUCUCUUAUGGAUUCCACCUGGCUUUUAUUUUAGUGGCACAGCCAGUAUUUGAGGCUGUGUGGCUGGUGCCAAUAUUACAGUGAUACUGGCAAUACAAAUGCUGGUAUUUUUCUCAGUAUAAACAAGAGAUUACUCUGCAAUACCAGCACUGGCCAGUAGGGGUCGUUGUAUGUGGAGACAGGCAGGGAUAGGAAGUUCCAGCAUAUCCCUCCCUGCCUAUCUAUACUCACUGAUCUGCAGGGGUGCAGCUACAGAGAGUCCAGACAGCAACUCCCACCCUGCAGAGACAGCCUACAGCUCAGGGAAGUAAGGGAUGGGGGGAAAGGCUGCAAGGAGACAUGGGGACACUGAGACACUAAGGGACAUUGGGAGACAUUAUGACACAGACACAUGGUGACACAGUGUCCCCAUGUCUCCCAGCCAGCGUCCCUGGUGUCUCAGUGCCCCCUAGUCUCCCAGUGCCCCCAGUCUGCCAGUGUCUCACUGUCCCCAUGUCUCCUAGUGCCUCCAUGUCUCCCAGUGUCUCAAUGUCCCCAUGUCUCCAAGCUAGUGUCCCUAGUGUCUGUGGCCCUGGUGUCUCCUUGUCCCCAUGUCUCCCAGUGCCCCCAUGUCUCAAUGUCCCCAUGUCCCCCAGCCAGUGUCUCUAGUGUCUGUGUCCCUGGUGUCUGUGUCCCCAUGUCUUCAAGUGUCCCCUAUUUUCCCAGUGUCCCCAUGCGUCCCAGCCAGAGUCCCCUAGUCUCCCAGUGUCACUGGUGUCUCCGUGUCCCUAGGUCUCCCCGUGUCCCCAGGUCUUCCCGUCUUCCUAGUGACAUGGGGACCCUGGCAUACAUGGGGACACAGGGAGACAUGGGGCAUUGAGACACUGUGAUACAUAGGAUCACUGGAAGACCUGGGGACACGACAGUAGGGGACACUGGGAGACAUGGGGCACUGAGACACUGAUACAUAGGGACACUGAGACCUGGAGUAAUCGACACAUGGGGCACUGGGAGACAUGGGGCCACUGGGAGGAAUCCAUCCAUACAGCAGAAUCAAACUAAGUAUUUUUUUGGUGAUUUUACAGCAUUUUCUCUUAUGUCACUCCUUGUGAUUUACAUCAUGAGAUGUCACCCAUACAUAUUUAAUUAUGCAAAUUAGCAAGGCUGGCAUGUUUUUCCAAGAAAGGUGGCAACCCUAACUACUUUUCACAUACUCUUACUUAAGUAUGGAAACUUAAGAGGGAUGUAUGGGAACAAAACUUGUGUGGACUGGCUGACAAUGAAUAUAGUUAAAGGGACACUAUAGUCACAAGAACAACUACAGCUUAUUGAAUUUGUUCUGGUGAGUAGAAUCAUUACCUUCAGGCUUUUUGCUGUAAACACUGUCUUUUCAGAGAAAAUGCAGUGUUUACAUUACAGCCUAGUGAUAACUUCACUGGCCACUCCUUAGAUGGCUGUUAGAGAUCCUUCCUGGGUCAUGGCUGCCUAAAAUGCAUCCAAACAUUCAGUGUCUCCUCCCUCUGCAUGCAGACACUGAACUUUCCUCAUAGAGAUUCAUUGAUUCAAUUCAUCUCUAUGAGGAGAUGCUGAUUGGCCAGGGCUGUGUUUGAAUCAUGUUGGCUCUGCACCUGAUCUGCCUCAUUGUCAGUCUCAGCCAAUCCUAUGGGGAAGCACUGUGAUUGGAUUAGGCCACCACUUCUAAUAAUGUCAGCAAACUGCUUGUUUUUCUGAGUCUAACAGAAUGCAGAGUUACAGCUUCAGGCUUGAAUACAGUAAGAUUGUGCUAUAUUUAUGGAGGCAUGAGGGGCCCAGGGGGACUAGAUGGUGGUGUUAACACUAUAGGGUCAUGAAUUCAUGAUUGUGUUCCUGACCCUAUAGUGAUCCUUUAAAGUAAUGCUGACUUUGGUCCCUCUAACACUGUGGCAUGUUCCCUUUCUUCUACACUCACUACAUACAGCUUUUCUCUGUCCCAGACUAUAUACCAGGAGCUUCUGCCUGCUAGUAAGAAGGUAAGGAGGCAAGUGGACCAGCGAGUGCUAGGGGACAGUCCUUAGAAAACGUUGAGCGAGCGCAUCAUUAGAUGCAUUUAUGAUUUGUGUCAGUGGCACACCCUUUUACCAUGCCCAUUGACUUCCUGCUUGACUGGACACUGCUGUUAGGGGUUAUGGAUUUACUUGAAAGAUGAAAACAUAAAUUAGAGAGAGAUUAGCCUUUUCUUAUAGCUGCUGUUUUCUUUCUCUCCAGCACCAUAUCCAUCAGAUACAUGACGCUUGGGAGUGUUUUACUGUUUUUGGUCGAUAUGAUUCUGUAAUUAGGCCCAUCAUAAUUGUCAGCACCAGGCCCACUGGGCUCUUAAUCUGGCCCUGGUGUGUAUGUAUGUACAGGGAGUGCAGAAUUAUUAGGCAAAUAAGUAUUUUGACCACAUCAUCCUCUUUAUGCAUGUUGUCUUACUCCAAACUGUAUAGGCUCGAAAGCCUACUACCAAUUAAGCAUAUUAGGUGAUGUGCAUCUCUGUAAUGAGAAGGGGUGUGGUCUAAUGACAUCAACACCCUAUAUCAGGUGUGCAUAAUUAUUAGGCAUCUUCCUUUCCUUUGGCAAAAUGGGUCAAAAGAAGGACUUGACAGGCUCAGAAAAGUCAAAAAUAGUGAGAUAUCUUGCAGAGGGAUGCAGCACUCUUAAAAUUGCAAAGCUUCUGAAGCGUGAUCAUCGAACAAUCAAGCGUUUCAUUCAAAAUAGUCAACAGGGUCGCAAGAAGCGUGUGGAAAAACCAAGGCGCAAAAUAACUGCCCAUGAACUGAGAAAAGUCAAGCGUGCAGCUGCCACGAUGCCACUUGCCACCAGUUUGGCCAUAUUUCAGAGCUGCAACAUCACUGGAGUGCCCAAAAGCACAAGGUGUGCAAUACUCAGAGACAUGGCCAAGGUAAGAAAGGCUGAAAGACGACCACCACUGAACAAGACACACAAGCUGAAACGUCAAGACUGGGCCAAGAAAUAUCUCAAGACUGAUUUUUCUAAGGUUUUAUGGACUGAUGAAAUGAGAGAGUCUUGAUGGGCCAGAUGGAUGGGCCCGUGGCUGGAUUGGUAAAGGGCAGAGAGCUCCAGUCCGACUCAGACGCCAGCAAGGUGGAGGUGGAGUACUGGUUUGGGCUGGUAUCAUCAAAGAUGAGCUUGUGGGGCCUUUUCGGGUUGAGGAUGGAGUCAAGCUCAACUCCCAGUCCUACUGCCAGUUCCUGGAAGACACCUUCUUCAAGCAGUGGUACAGGAAGAAGUCUGCAUCCUUCAAGAAAACAUGAUUUUCAUGCAGGACAAUGCUCCAUCACACGCGUCCAAGUACUCCACAGCGUGGCUGGCAAGAAAGGGUAUAAAAGAAGAAAAUCUAAUGACAUGGCCUCCUUGUUCACCUGAUCUGAACCCCAUUGAGAACCUGUGGUCCAUCAUCAAAUGUGAGAUUUACAAGGAGGGAAAACAGUACACCUCUCUGAACAGUGUCUGGGAGGCUGUGGUUGCUGCUGCACGCAAUGUUGAUGGUGAACAGAUCAAAACACUGACAGAAUCCAUGGAUGGCAGGCUUUUGAGUGUCCUUGCAAAGAAAGGUGGCUAUAUUGGUCACUGAUUUGUUUUUGUUUUGUUUUUGAAUGUCAGAAAUGUAUAUUUGUGAAUGUUGAGAUGUUAUAUUGGUUUCACUGGUAAUAAUAAAUAAUUGAAAUGGGUAUAUAUUUGUUUUUUGUUAAGUUGCCUAAUAAUUAUGCACAGUAAUAGUCACCUGCACACACAGAUAUCCCCCUAACAUAGCUAAAACUAAAAACAAACUAAAAACUACUUCCAAAAAUAUUCAGCUUUGAUAUUAAUGAGUUUUUUGGGUUCAUUGAGAACAUGGUUGUUGUUCAAUAAUAAAAUUAAUCCUCAAAAAUACAACUUGCCUAAUAAUUCUGCACUCCCUGUAUGUAUAUAUAUAUAUAUAUUUUUAAUAACAAAAUAUAGUUAGAAUAAAAUUACAUAUGAAUAUAUAAAUUAUAUAAAAUUUUGUUUCAAUAUUUUAUUUAUUGUAAGUGUGUGUGUGUGUGUAUGUAUAUAUAUAUAUAUAUAUAUACACUAAUAUUAGUAUUAAAAUACAUUACGUAUGACGUUACACAUAUAUAUUAUAUAAUAUAGUGUGUGUGUAAAAUAUAUAUAUAUAUUUUUUUUUUAAUUUACCUACCAGCAGGGGGACUGUCUGAUAUUUCAGAAAGUCCCCCUGCUGGCAGAUCAACAGCCAGCUAUAGGGGGCCUCAUUCGCCGGGGGAGGACUGCCUGGGUUGUCAGGCAGCCCUCCAGAAGAGGAUCGCGGCGGAGGUAAGUAAAUAUUACCUCCCCUGGGCUUAAGCCGUUACGGCGUUCUAUGCCGCCGCAACAGCUUUAAAGCCGCAACGGCAUAGAACGCUGUAACGGCGUUAAGGGGUUAAGUUGCAAAUAGCUGAACUGGAAACACUCCCUUAGCAUUUAUAUUUAUAGACUGAAACGAGACAAGUGUUCAGCCUUUCUCACAUUUGUUUUUUGCUGUUGAUCCAAAACAAGGCAACAAACCCCAGUUUGAAGCAAUUCCAAUUUUGCAACAAACUAUGGGCUAUAAGACCUUAUUUGGAGAGUGCACAUUCCAGUUUUCCAACUUGGAAUUUUCACAGUUGGUCAUCAUGCACCCAUGUCCUAUUUGGGACACUUUUGAAGCCAGCCAAUGUAAUUUACCCCCUCAAACCAUAUAUUUUUGAAAUGUAGACACCCUAGGGUAUUUCAAAUGGGGGUAUUUUAACACUUUGCAUGCACUAAUUCUACCACCAGUCUUUUUUAAACUUUUGGGUAAUCAUUUUUUGGGGGUUAUUUUUCUCUCACAUUGUACUCUAGUCAUGGCUUCUCAUUUCCUUUUAUGUGAUACUGACAAAGAACACCCCACUAUGUGUUCAACAUCUCCUGAGUACAGCAGUGCCCCCAAUGUACAGGCUUUAUGGAUUUUUGGAAACUUACAUUGGUCAAAUUUAGGGCUUUCCAUAUUUGCCAAAUUGGUUUGCUGGGCCUAUGUUGCCUUUGAGAUCCAGGAAUGAAAAUUAACCCCAUCAUGGAAUAACAUUUGUAAAAGUAGACAACCCACGGUAAUCAAAAUGUCCAGUCUUUUUUUUUUUUUUUUUUGUAGCUACUUAGCCACAAACCCUGGCCAAAGGUAGCAUUUUUUUGCUCUACACAAAAAACUGCACUUUUACUGGUGGUUUCAUUGUCGUGAUACAUUUUACUGUUUUAAAAACUCACAUUUUGUGUUCAGCCAAGUCUCUUGCGUGUCAGGAUGGCGGUCCGGUGACCGGGACCCAGACACUGUCUGGGGGGCGGUCGGAGGACCCAGUAUGUCUAAUGUGGAAGUAGGAGUCACUGUGUGGAAGUGAAUUAGCAGGGUCUGGUGCAGGGUAAUGGCACACCCCCUGGUGUUGAGCACCAGCGUUUGUGCGGCCACAUACCAGGACCCUGAUGCAGCUUCAGCGGAUCCCACGAACUAGGAGCUUGGAAAUAAGCAGACCUCCAGGAGGCUCUGCCGCAGGAAUGUAUCCAGUACAGAAACAAGGCAAGGCUAGGACAGACACCAAACAUGAAAACAAGACAGAACUAGUAGAACCCAGAACCAGAGAAGGAUAGGAAGCUAAACCCAGAACAUGUACACAAUACAUAAGGGAAACAUUAACAGAACAGGGACAGGACAGGACUGUACAUGGACUGGGAAUACAAAAUAAAACAAGACAAGAUAUAAUAGGCAAAACAAGAGGAGAAACAACUAAGCACUAUAUGUGAAAAAUUAUCAGGAUUUAGUUAAACUGCAUAAGCCUGCCACAAUGCCAAUGUACCCCAUAUUUAACAGGUCCUACUCUGCCUAAUGUCUGCUAAAUAAAGCACAUAGAGCACUUACCUGCAAGAAAAGGCAAAGAAUUUGAGCAACUGCCUGCAGGAAUCAGACUGAAACAAAAGGAAUCUUGGAAAAGGGGUGUGGCAACAUAAAACAAACAUUUAAAUGAAUCCAGGAGAUUGGGAAUUCCAGGAACGGAAUACCGGAAUGAAUACAGAAAACCCAGCAUAAAGAAAACCAGACAUGGAAUAGAAAACCAGAAAAACUAAACAAGAAUUGUAAAAAGAGUACUGGAUACCAGAAGCCAUUGCCAGAAUGAUCCACAGCUAGGAACAGGAUGUGACACCGAGUAAAACAAUAUCCCCCAUGUACAGGUUUUACCCUUAGAGCGGCUGGAAGCGAUCAAGAUUGCUUCCAGCACUCAAUUUGGCUGCGGACGUACAGGGGUUAAACAUCUGUCCGGACUCUGAUAAAAUAACUUCUUCAGGCAGGGAAUUCCACAUCCUUGGUUUUUCUUAUGGUAAAAAACCCUUUCCUUUGCCUUAGAUGAAAUCUUCUUUCUUCCAGUCUAAACUCAUGUCCUAUGUAUAGUCCGGUUUGUGAAUAGAUUUGCUUUCACUUACAAAUUCUUACUACGUUACUCUGGCCUUUAGUUUGAAAUUUACUUUGAAUUCACUUUUAAAUCAGAAACUGUAAUCCUGAGCUAUAAAAUCAGAGCAAAUGUUACCUAUUUUUGAACAGGAUAAGUUUAAGACUGUCACCCAAAAACAUUUUAGUCUCAGUGUGGGUAGGGGAGGCUAAGUGACGCAAAAGAAAGUUUCAUAUACAAAGUAAGAGGACUAUGAGUAACAUUAAGCAAGUAUUGAAUGUCACACCAGGAAGACACAUAUUGUUUCAUACAAAUGAUAUGCUGAUUGUAAUACUUAUUUGGCAGCUCCGUCGAGAUGGGAAUGAUUUGGAUACUCUGGUCACUUGGUCAAAAAAGUACGGAGGAGUCUAUCCAAUAUGGUUUUGGAACUUUACCGCAUUCUUGUUCCUCAGUCAUCCGGACUAUGCCAAAGCUGUAUUUGGACGAGAAGGUGAGAGAUUACAUCAACGCACCUGAACUAUUUAAUAUUGUUGAAAUGUUUUUAUAUAUUUUUUUUUUUUUUUUAACUUCACAAUUUUUAUUAUUUUGUCAGUUUGUAGCCUAUUUCAAUUGUUAAGUUAUGUUUACCCGCUAUAAAUUUGUUAUACUUUUUCAUUUUCUCAUGAAACGACCUUCAGCAUUUAAACUUAAAUAAAUGAAGCUCAUGUAAUUAUGUUUAUUUAUUUACUUUUUAGAACCCAAAGCGACAACUUACAGAUUUCUCAUUCCAUGGAUUGGUAUGAUGCAUAUCUAAAAUUAUUUUGAUACUGUUACAAAAACUCUCUAUAUAUAUUUUUUGAAUUCCACAGGAUAAAAUUUUAAAAUAACAUUAUUGUAAAUCAAUCAACAGAGAGGGAUGGUAUAAACCUACCAGUACUUGGGGAGCUUUUUCCUAAUGGGUUCCAUCAUAGGAUUGGCAAAAAACAAAUGUUGCACAUAAUUAAAAACAAGAUAACAAAAUUAAAAAUCUUUGAGCUUACUACAGAUCUCCUAGCAUUGGGCAGUAUGAACUCUGGAUUGGCGUGCAAAGGAACAUGUCACUGGAAACACCCAAAAUGGGAAACCCUGCCCCAAAAUGGGGUGGGGCCACACUAGAGGGCCAUAUCAACAUGCGUUGAAUGCACGCAAGACUGACAACCUUUCAGCUGGGCCCCACUCAGGGCAGUCCAUUUACAGAACUCUGUGGUAGCACUGUCUACAUGAUCCUAGUGUCCUCAGCACAUGCAAGCAUGUCUGAUUCACUCAUGCUAUGCUUGUUGGGAGCCGUCGCCAGCCAAGGACUCAUGGAGUGUGAGAUGUAUGAGAUCCUUAAGUUCAGCACUACACAAAACUAAAGGUUCAGGAUCUGUCAAUUUCAUGCACUACAUAUUGAUGUGUAUGAAUAUACAAAUCAACCUAACCCUAAGUGAAAGGUGUGAAACAAAACACUUAUCUUAUUAAAUGGUAUUUAUUGUACACCGCUUCCCGAAGGGAUGUCCUAGGAUAUAGUCUCUUAUAGAACAAUCUAAAUAUUGGUGAUACAGCUGUUAAUCUACAAAACAAGAAAGCUAUAGCAUAAUGUAAUAAUACACUGUGUAAAUAUAAACACACUCUGGGUGCCUCCCCUUAGAUAUGUUGGGGGGGAGGGGGUUGGUGAGGUGUGAUCCUUCCUGCUCCAGGUAAUGAACACAGGAUGGUGUGCAAAAUACUGCUAAUUUACCAAUUAAUUAAUUUACCAAUAAUUUAACCAGAAGGUUAUCCCUGAACUGAGAAAAGCACACAGUAAAGAUGCUAACUUUCCUGUCCCUGUAUUCAUUCAUGUAGAAUUCUACAACUGGUAUAUUUUGCUGAUCUUUUGGUUCUGACCCAUUGCAUUGAUGAUUAUGUUAUUUAGGGAAAGGUCUUUUGAUUUUGGAUAGACAGAAGUGGUUUCAGCACCGUCGCCUGCUUACCCCUGGCUUUCAUUAUGAUGUGCUUAAACCAUACACUAAACUAAUGUCUGAUUCUACGGUAGUCAUGCUGGUAAGUGGUUGGCGUGGCAAUAGAUCUGUGUACAGCAAGUAAAAAAACCCAUAAAAAAUCUUAAUAUUAAUUGAGUCAGACCUUUUCAAUCCUACUGCCUUCUUUUUUUUUUAACAUCUUUAUAAUUUAAUGUGAUCGAUGUGAAUGUCCUAAAUUACACUUGGCAUUAUAUAUACAUGCCCUUCCUACUUGGAUUCCUGCCCAACUUCCCCGACAGCAGGGACAUCAACUCUACCACUCAGUCAGAUGUAACCAUGUGGUUUUAAUUCCCUGCUAGAUAGAAUGGGCAUUCCUAACUUAUCUGCCACACCACUUCGGGGCUGGACUGACACAUCAGCAAGUUCAUUACUCUGUAUUCAGUUAUGAUUGACCAUCUUUCAGGUGUAAAUUCUGCUCACCCUGAAUAUCCAUCUACUAAUUAAAAGGCUGUUCCUUUGCAGUUCUGAUAGGCGUUAAUUUGUAUUGUUGAUAUAAAUCUUAAUUUGCAGAUUAUCCAUUUUCUCCAUCGAUUUGCAUGAAAUAUGCCUCUGAAGAGGUUCUAUAGAAAAAGCAAACAGUUUGCUUCCCAAAGCCUUACUUGCAGUAUUACUUUUUAUGUAUAAGACGACAAUUUUGCUGCCUGCAAGAGAUGGACAGUAUUAAUUUAUAUAGUGAUCUAGAACUUUUCUUCUUAUUUUUCUAGGAUAUUUGGGACAAGCUAAUCAUGAAAACGAGCCGAGUAGAACUUUUUCAGCACGUCAGCUUGAUGACACUGGACAGUAUUUUGAAAUGUGCUUUUAGCUACCAUAGCAACUGCCAGAAAAACAGGUGGAUAUUUGGAGAGAUAAUUUGAUUAGAUGCUCUGGGGAAUAAAAUUACCUAUUUAAGUUGAAAUGGAUGUAUAAUUUUAGAAAUGAAACUGGCAUCAGAGAUGAUGAAUCCUUUAAGGAGGUAUAACAUUUUUUUUUAAAGAGUUAUGAAAUCUGUUGCUUCUGUAAACAUCACGAAGUAGGUGAGAUGUCACCUUCAAAUUGGGUUCUCCUGUCUCUAAGGUAUUCCUGGAAGUGCUUACUAGCAGAACUUUCUUAAUACCUAAAUCAGUUGGAACAAGUUAUUUACAAUUUAUACAGAACUUUACUAUUAUAGAAGGGGGAUAUUUGACAACAAGUAAUUGACAACAAAAACAGGAAAUAAAGGGGGAGUCGAGCCAGCGCCCGAUCGAGCAGGACGCGUUACUGUGCAGCUCCGUGAGCUAGCCCAGACUAACGAGGCUUUUUGCAGCCGAUUACUUAGAUACAAGGGUCCGGUGGGGCUCCCUGGACUCCUUAAACAAUGGGGAAUAAAAAAUAAAAAACACCGGGCGGAUCUGGGCUCUGGUUCCAGAGACAUUGGUGCGUACAUGCACCUGACCGCGCGGCCAGCACCUUCCAAGAUGGUGCCGGCUGGGGCCUACUUCUCUGCUUCAUCGGUUGAUGACAGCCUCCAGGAUCUGUCUCCUGUCCCAUCCCAGGUACACUCUAUAUCCCAGGCACCUCUGGAGGAGGGUGAUUCUGCCCCCUCUACUAAAGCAGACCUACAAGCGCUGAGGCAAGACAUAAAAGCCAUGUUCCAGGCAGAUAUGGCCCUAGUUCGGGAAGAAGUCACAACACUUUACUAGCAGAGUGGAAGCAGUGGAGGGAGACAUGGGAGGCACCAAACUGGCACAAUCUGCCACAGAUGCUGCUCUUAGUUCACUACAAAAGAGAUGUGACGACUUGACAGCACAACUGGCUAGCAUGGAAGACAGGGCUAAAGCACGCAAUGUGAGAAUACGUGGUGUCCCCGACACAUCUUAAAUGAUGAAUUACCCCAUUACUGCAGGAGGCUUAUUGCCACACUCCUGCCGCCAAAACAGCUUGUGGUGGAUACCUGCUUCCAUUUCCCAAAGGCUGCCAAAACACCCAAAGACGCAUCUAUGGAUGUAUUGCUGAAGUUAGCAAAGGACUCUGACCGAGGGGCCCUCAUGGGCGCAGUUAAAAGCUCUCCCACAAUACCCUUCAAGGAAGCACACCUAGUCUUUUACGGAGAUUUUUCUAGAGGUACCCUCACCUGACCAGUUAAGCAACUACUGAGAGAACAAUCCAUCCCAUACAAGUGUGGCCUGCACUGAUUGAUGGCAGACAAGAACAACCAGACGCAUCUCCUGACACACAUUUCAGAGGCAACGACGUUCCUCCAUUCCUUAGGUUAACCGUUCCUUAGGUCAACCGACAGGGACCGUGAAGAAGAAUGGACAAUCACCCUGGAUGGUGGAGAGAAUUACUCCCUUUGUGCCCAGACGGGCAGCACCGGAGGCAACUGACUCUCAUACCUGACGCCAAGGGUGGCUGACAUUACUGUUAAAUGCAUUAUUGUUUACUUUUUCCUAAUUAUAUGUUGGACUUUAAGUCUCCCUAGCAUUCUGGCUCAGUAAGCAUAUGGCGUGUAUACUACCCAGUUGUUAACCCGCCAUAAGCCAGACUGAACAGAAGUCUGAGCCUCACCUCUGAGCCUUUACUACAUACCCUCCUGGCCGGAACCGGUCACAGUUACAAGUAGCUUACAUGCAGAAAUCUAAUGCAUAUAGGUGCCAUAUGCGCAACACACAGUCGGCACAUUGCUUUGUCAAGCUGCAGGCACACAAAGCCUUGUGCCUGUCCCCUUGAUUCACUUUUAUAGCUAUUGACUACUGACACGCAGGGUCUCACAGUUAAAGGGACACUCCAGGUAUCCAGACCACUUCUGCUCAUUGGAGUGGUCUGGGUGCCAACUCCCACGCUGCUAGAGCAUCGCUGGACGUCCUCACGCUGAGUGAGGACCUCCAGCGUCCCUCAUUUCCCCAAAGGAAAGCAUUGAAAUGCAUUUUCAAUGCUUUCCUAUGGCGAGCACUAAUGCGCAUGCGCGGCAUUGCCAUGCAUGCACAUUAGGUCUCCCCAGCCAGUGGGCGGGAUCAGUCUCGGCCACAGGCCGACGCAGUCACUAGGAGGAGCGGAGGGAGAAGCAGCGAUGUGGGACAUGUCACUGCCUCUGAUAAGUUACUGAAGGGGUUUUCACCCCUUCAGCAACCGGGGAUUGGGGGGUGGGAGGGAGAGGGGACCUGCAGUGCCAGGAUUUGUUUUCCUGGCACUGGAGUUUCCCUUUAACAUAUGUAAAAUAAAAAACAGGUCAUUACUAUACUUGUGGAGUGAUUGUUGUACCACUCAUGUAAGCAUUGAUAUCUUCGCCUUACAGUUGUGAUAUGCUCAGAUGUUAAGCUGACCACAAAAAUAAAGAAUUAAAAAACACCAGGAAAUUAAAAGGGUUCUGCUCAAACAAACUUAUAGUCUAUGAGGAAGUCUUCCCCCUUUAACCAGACUGUCUGCUUUGUCAAUGUCUGUCUUCUGUUCUGCAGGGACAAUGUGUACGUCAAAGCAGUGUAUGAUAUCGCCGCCAUAGUGGACUUCAGAAUUCGAUUCUUUCCAUAUUACAGCAAUCUCAUCUUCCAUCUGAGCCCCCACGGAUAUCGAUUUCGGAAAGCCUGUGCUAUAACACAUCGCCACACAGGUAUUAACAAUCCAUCAGUGAUCCCAACAAACAGGGGACUAGAUAUUUUAAUAGACAUGGCCGUUUUAUUGGGUUUACUUUAAUGUGACAAUUGGCUAGCAGUCACUGGCCAGUUGCCACAUUUAUAACCCUUGUGCUGCUGAGUAUCUUUUAACUAUUUGCCUGCUGGGUCCUAGCACUGCCAGCAGGCGAAUAGUUCUUCAAAUGAUCAAUUUACUUGCAAAAUGCAAGUGACUCAUUUGCAAACCUGCAUCUUGCCGGAUGCAUUCGGUGUAUUCUCGACUGCCAUGCUGUCAUUGAUAAAUCUCAGAUUCUUGUCUGGAUGUAGAUAUUGGUGAUUUUCCAAAUUAAUUUUACAGAAUCACUUGGACUCGGCACAUUUGGGUUUAGUAAAUUUGUGACUUUCCAAUGCGGUCAGAAGGCGGAUUUUGUCCACUUUGACAAAAUCUGGUAUUUAGUGAAUAACACUCAGUGUCUCUCUUGGUGUGAGGUGACUUGUAGUUCUAGAGACACCCAUGCAAUAGUGAAGGAAGUAUUAUUUUUAUUAUUCUUACUACCCAUUGUCAAAUGCCAAGCCUCAACCUGAGAGCGAUUGUGUAACGGUUUUAGCUAUGUCUGUUCAGUCUCAAUUUUUCUCUUUCAUAUCAAGUGGACACAUACUUAUUAUAUAUAAUCUUGUUCAGGAGAAAUAGGGCUUUAAUCAUGUAGUUGGAGUACAAUUUAAAAUGAAGUGUGAAAAAUUAAGAACUGACAACUUCCAACUUCUGCAUGUCCUUUAAAUGGUGCCAUAAUGCUAGUUGGCUUUUACUGCAAUAAAACACACAUUGGUAUGCUGUGAUGUCCCAUGAGUACAAUGCCUCCCAUGUACAGGUUUUAUGGGGUUUUAGAAAGUUACAGGGUGAAAUAAAGAGAUUUUUUACAAAUAGAAAUGUACCAGAUUAAUUUGCUGGGCCAUUAUUGCAUUUUAGACCACGUAGCAGCCCCGGAAUGAAAAUUCUCCCUAUCAUGGCAUACCAUUUGUAAGAGUACAACCCAUGGUAUUCAAAAUGGUUUAUUUCCAGUCUUGGGCCACAAACCCUGACCCAAGUUAGCAUUCAUAUUUGUUUUUCCCGCAAAAACGGCACUUUCACUGAUAUCAUUGUCAUUAUACAUUUAAUUGUUUUAAAACAUUCAUUCUGCGUGGCAUUUUAACUGUGCAUGUAAUAAUAUUGUUAGCUUUUACUGCACUAAAACACACAGGGUUUUAAUAUCUUGCGAGUGCAACAGUACCCCUCCAUGUGCAGUUUUUAUGGCACUUUGGGAAAAGUACAAAUUAAUAAAAUAUAUAUAAAUACUUAGAAUGAAACUUUUUUUUUUAUACAUUCCUUUGAAGUGUGUAUUUUAACAUAAUUGAGGGAUUUUAUUAAUUAUAUGUUAGGGGAUCUGACUGACAACACAGGCUGAUCAGAGUUACGUGACUGUGGUGUCAUAGCUGCAGGGGGACUGCCUUGAUUGUCAGGCAAUUGCCUGAUUGGGUCACUGCAAGGUAAGUAUAAUUCAGGGGGGUUUACCCGCCACCGACUUUAUAUUAUAUUAUUACAGCCUUAUGUCAGUAAAACCUACGCCGUUCAGGACAUAAUGACACGUCCUAGCGUAGGCAUCGGGUUAAGUAACUACAACUACUUUUUGCCAGAGGGAGGGGAGUAAAAGGGGUGGGCCAGUGAUGUGGUAGUGUCAAGACUCCUCCCCUAAGGAGCGCAUCCGCUUAGUAAGGGGGUGUGUCAGUCCAAGAUAAUGACAGAACAGCUUGAUGUGAUUGCACACCAGGCUGCCUGUCAAUCAUGCAGCCCAGCCAACUGAGGACAGGACAUGCAGGGAGCACUGUUUCAGGGUCCCAGUGCUCGAAUCCUUGCUUGAAUGCAUCUAUGGAUGCGCUCGUGGUAUGAUUGUUGGGGACCAUUCCCUGAUGUCACCAAAAGCGGGACAUCAGGGAACUAUGGCAGAAUGACCUGAAUAUCGGUACUGUCAUAGUCAAGACGAUUGGGAGGCAGACCUAUGGAAUAAAUAAUGAGUGCAAUAAACAAACAUGAAUUCAAUGUGCACAGAUACACAAUAUAAACCAAUAUGGGGGAAAAAAAACAAAUCCAUAAUCGUUGCAUGAGGUUUGUAGGCCAGGCCCGAACAUAAACACUCAGGUUAGGCUUUUGACUGGCUAAGCAUUGUGACAUAUAAAGUCCAUGAACGGGUAACAUUAGCUCUCCAGGUGCUUAUGGACUGUAUUCCCCAUGAUGUUCUUUCAACCAAAAGCCUUUCUAGAAACUCAUGUCCCUUUCUCCAUUCAUCUACUUCCUGCCCCCCCACCAAUAGGCACAUAGUAGGACCCUUAUUGUUCGGCCGAGCACCUUACAGGGUUAUUGUGGCCAUAACCAUUACUUUGCAUAGCAAGUAUAUUUCAUGCAAAAUCAGAAUUCCAUGAAAAAGCUCACAGCUUAGUGCUCACUUCUAAGAAAGACCGAGUGAAAGGGGCGAUGGUGAAUUACAGUCCAGCAAAGUCAUGUCUUAACUUUACGAACUUUGACUGUUUUGAAGCCAGGUUAAUAAAUUAAUAUUUUACAUGAUAACUAACCCAACCUUUCAUUUUAUAACUCAGAUAAGGUGAUCCAAGAACGGAAAAAAUCCAUAAAAAAUGAAAAAGACAUGGAAAAAAUAAAGGAGAAAAGACAUUUGGAUUUUUUGGAUAUUCUCUUGUUUGCCACGGUCUGUGAUCACAUUAUGAUACUGUUUGUGUUUUGUUUUUUUUUGGUUUUUUUAAAUAAACCUUUGCAUCAUGUGGGGUUUAGUAACAAUGUUUCAAAUUAACAAGGGAGUCAGAAAUUGGCAAGCUGGACAAAGUAAUGUGGUUGUUUUUUUCCUAUUUGAGAUUCAAAUUUUGUACUUCAUGUUUCAGACCUCUAUCAGUCAUAGUCCAAAUAAAUGAACACUAAACUGUUAGGAAAACAAAUCCUGUGUUCCUAAUGCUUUAGUGUCAUGGGUCCUAGUAAAAUGCAAGUUCUCCUCCCUCCAUUUGUGUUAACAAUGAUUUUAGUUACCGAGGCUACCUUGGCACUGCUUUGCUCUCCACAUUGGCCCAAUCCAAUGCUCCUCUUAGAGAAGCUUUGGGGGAUAAAUGCACAUGUGCGGUGAGUGCACAUACAACCUUUCACAUAGGCCAACAUUGAAUAAAUGCUCUUCAUGAUGGUAUCUACAUCACAUGAGCAGUAUUUACUUAGUGCUGCAGAUGCCGCUCUAGCGGCUGUUCGUAUGACAGCCACAAGAGGUGGAUUUAACCCUCAAUGGAAAUAUUUCCUUUAAAAAAAAUAAAAUAAAAAGUAAAAUCCACUGUUUUACAUUGCAUGAAUAAAAAUAAAGGACCACUGCACCCACAUUUCAUUGCAAUGAAGUGGCAUGGGCGACUUUAGAAGUCCUUUUUAAAAUCUCAUAAAUGUUGAUUUGAAAAAUUCUUAUGAAAUCUGCUCUAACUUGAUGAUGUAGCUUCCAUCAUUAAUUUUAAUAUUUUAUUCCAUGUAGCCAUGAAUUGUAGAAUUUAUUUUCUACUCUGGCGUUUUCAAUACUACUAUCCUGAUUUGUUGACGAGUUACUCCAAUCACCCUGACCGCUUCAGUGUUUGGUUUUUUUUGUGUGUAAUCAUGAUACCUGAAGUCUGUAUGUGCGGCUUAAACCCUUUGGUGAUGGACAUGUAAGGUUUUUCUAGAAUUUGGCAAUUUUCUUUUCUGGUUAUCCACAAUCACUGGGUUUACAUUACUGUUUGUUAAACCCCUAUGUGUUUCUUUAUGUAACUGCUUUAAUACUUGGAAAUGAGAAAUGUCAUUAUAAAUAAACCUUGAUGUUAUGAAGGUUAAAUACUUUCUAGGAUGAGAAUGGUAAAGGUUUAUCCAAUGAAGACCUGCAAGCUGAAGUGGACACCUUUAUGUUUGAAGGACACGAUACAACAGCCAGCGGAAUAUCCUGGAUCCUGUAUUGUAUGGCCAAAUACCCUGAGCAUCAAGAAAAAUGCUGGGAGGAGAUCAGAGAGGUCUUAGGAGAUCGACAAUCCGUGGAGUGGUGAGAUUUACUACUUUUACUACUACUUACUUACUAAAAUAUAUAAUAUACUUUCUUAGUCUUCUGGAUUCAAACUGCGAUUUGUGGUGGUUGACAUUUCAUCCAAAAUCCCAAAAUUCUUUUAUUUGUUUGUUUGGGAUGCACUCACUAAACUGUUAUUUUAAGAAGUGUCCAUAGUAUCAUGUUCUCUGGGGACAACACCAUGUUUUUUCAGAAAGUUCUAAAACUAAAUGUUAGGAUAUUAGAUGGUUAGUGAAUCAGAAAUUCUGAAAAAGCUAACUGCAUAUUUCUUAUAUGUAGCAUGGUGUACCAUGGGAACAGAAGUGACUUAUUUACUAAAGUGAGUCUUAAUAGUGGUUUUCCAAUUUAAGGUCAUAAGAGACAAACUGUAAAAAAAUAUAAAAAAAAUUCUCAAGCUUGAUAAACAUUUAUACAUGUCGACAUUGUUUAGCUGAACAAUGUCUACAUCAUUAACUUAUUUGCCGACUGAUUCUUUCGAUCUUUUUCCAAUAUAAUAGCCAUGCAAAACACUGGUUAUAAAAAGUUUAAAUUAAAUGUUCCUUCUCCAUAAUUCCAACUAUCACUCGUAAAUUGUCCCAUAAAAGUUCCCCUAAUAUAAUUAAGAAUGGACACUGAAGGUUCUCUUAAAAUUCCAGAUUCUAAAAGUUGAUGGUUUGUCAAGGGCAGCUUGUUUUUACAUGUAAAAUGUUUGGUGCACGGUGAGACGUGUAUGUAGUAAUGUUGUGUAGCCGAUAUUAAUAUUUUACCAGUACCUAUAUCCCUAUUUGUUUUUCAGGGAGGAUUUGGGUAAAAUCCCCUACACCACAAUGUGCAUUAAGGAGUGCCUUCGUUUGUACCCCCCAGUGCCUGGAGUAUCCCGCUUUUUAAGAAAGGAGGUCAAAUUCUUUGAUGGACGUUCUGUCCCAGCAGGUAACUGUGAGCUUUGCCAUAAGCUUCCAGGUGGCUAUGAAGCUUUAAGGAUUCUCAUUCCAAGCAGCUCUUCCAGUCUGAGCAAUAUUCAGAGGUCAAAAUAGGGGGUAAACUGCCUUUCUCACAUAGUGUAUAUCUUUAUGUUCAUAUAUAAUUAUUUUUUUCUCAUUCUAAGCAUUGGAUAUAACAGUUUUGUUUUAUGUAUGCUCUAUACUAAUGAUGUAGUUUCUUAACAGAGACAUUGGUUGCAAUGAAUAUUUAUUCCAUCCACCGAAAUCCUAGUGUCUGGGAGAAUCCAGAGGUGAGAAAACAUAAUCCUUGUUCAUCCCAUCUUUAAAAAAAAAAUAAAAAAAAAAUCUAAUUCUGACCUCAGAACGAGUUUUGGGUGCUGGGGAGUCCCUCUGUUUUUGCAAAACAUCUGAAUAUUGUUUGACACGAAAGAAAGUAAUUGCCCCAUAGCUUCCAUGGACCAAAACUACAUACAUAUAUGAAAUUGGUGUGAUGUUUUGUAUGUGGAUUUAUGCAAUGCUGCCAAAGAGGCUUUUGUAUAAUUUUUUUACUUUAUUUUUUAUGCAUUAUCUAUAUAAUACACUGCGCAUGUAGGGUUAAAUUUAAGUAGACUUACGGGUCCAUAAAAAAUGUAGUAAGUGUGCGUCUAUCACAAUGAAAUUUCAGUAAAGUGUGAAGUGAGUCAGUUAACAUUCCUGUUAGUAACAUUUUGUGAUAUGUUAUCUUUCAGGUUUUUGACCCGUUGAGGUUUUCUCCAGAGAAUUCUGCCAACAGACACUCGCACGCUUUUGUACCCUUUGCCGCAGGACCCAGGUAUAAAAUUCCUCUGUUUUAAUACAGCUUAUAUGUUGCCAUUUUCAUUUAAGAUUUUCAUGCAAACUAUUUUUAUUUUGUAUUUUUAUAUUUUAAGAUCUUUAGCAUUUUUAAUCCAUUGUGAAGCUAGUGUAGAAUGGGUAGCUCUGUGUCAGGUAUUUAACUAAAGAUUUUCUGACCUCUAGAAAGGUCUAACUUGUUAUAUUCCUUCAAAAAACUCUCUGAAAAUGGCCCAAGAUCACAACUCCAUUUAUCUGGAUGGCUAAUGGUGUCUGAUUCCACUGGAAGUUACAAAGUAACUUUUAAUCAAAAGGGAAAUACUUUGCGCCAUAACCCAUGCUGGUCAUUGAAACUUACCAUGUAAACUUUACUGAAAUAUAUAAAUCUGAUAAAUAACCUGCAAAACGUGAACUUUUUUCUCUAGAAAGAGCUAGAUAUAUAGUCACAAUUUAUUUCUUCAAAAGAAUAACAAGCUAACCAAAUUCAUGCAAAUGUGUGCAAAAAAUCCUAAACUUAGAUCUAGGAAGACCAUUUGCCCUACCGAAGGUUAUGUCUAGCCACACCUAUCACUCUUGUGUGGAUGACCGUGAUCUGCUGGGGGUGAGUUAGCUAAACAUAAGAUCUUCAUAGAUGUUUUUACAUCUGUGCUUUAUGGAAUCAUUCAAGAAAGCCACUAGUUCUAUAGAAUGGAAUGAAAAAAAUUGGUGCUAUUGUAGGAAUAUACACGAUUCUGAAACUGUAGAAAAAUAGGAAAGAAUUUACAUAUUUUACUCUAAAAUAACAAUAAAAAAAAUAACUGUCAUGGUUGGCUGCCACUAGAGGAUACUCAGCAAGGUGAGAGGCAGCGACCUAACAAAGGCAAAUUCACAGGGAUAGGAAGAGGUGCAUUACCAGACCUUAGCGUGACCGGGCUAACUUAAUGGUAGAACUAUGACGGAACAAGACUAGACUAACGAUACAGACCAGGAAAGGAACAAAACACACAGAAACAGAUAACCGAAACACAGAGGACAAGCCGAAGUUGAGACAGGCAAGGGUCAGGAACACAGAGAAAGUAAUAUCCGUAAUAUGCCAAGGACUGGUACAUGGGUUGGGUAGUCAAGCAAGCCAGAGACUGGAACAUGAAUCCGACAGGAAGGCAUACAAGUCAGGUCCAAGUACCCAAGGGCAGGAGAGCAGAAAUGUAGUCCGGCAAGCCGGAUCAAAAUAACUGAGAAUCAAACAUUAGAUCAAAAUCUUGCGAAGGACACGAACCAUAGGUUGACCAUGACUAACUUCCUUUAUUGCAAGUUCUGUUUAAUUUAGAUUUUCUUAUCACCUGCUAUGUUAAUAGCUUGCUAGACCCUGCAAGAGUCUCUUGUAGGUGAUUAACAAUUUUAUCUCUUGCUCUGUAAAUUGAACUUUAAAGGUAAAUUACAUCUGAAAGUGAUCUGGGAGGGAGGGUCUGCUGCUGAUUGUCUGGAAUGUGUCUGCUGACUGUGAGGUACAGGGUCAAAGUUUACUCAAUGAUGAUGAAUAGGGGGCGGACCGAACAGCACAUAUGUUCGCCAUCCGUGGCGAACCGUUUGGCGAACCGUUCGGGACAUCACUAAUAUAUUAUAUAUAAUUUUAUUUCAUUUUUUUUCAGGAAUUGCAUUGGCCAGAAUUUUGCCAUGAAUGAGUUGAAGGUAGCUGUGGUUCUAACACUGCAGAGAUUCCAGCUGGAACCCGAUCUGGCGAAUCCACCCAUUAAGAUACCACAAGUCAUCCUUAAAUCAAAGAAUGGAAUCCACGUACAUCUUAGAAAACGGCAGUGCUGAGAUCUGACGCCUACCUACCAUAACUGACUAAGCGACUCAGGACCUUUUCUAACUUUAAUUUGAUGAAUGCUGUUUUUUUAAGAUGCUACAUUAAUGACUUUACAAUGAUAAUUAGAGACAUUCAAAUUAUGAAUUGACCUGUCCAGUAUGAUCGGUUACCACCGCUUUAGUUUCUCUUCCUCUGACCAAACCCAUAUCUUCUAGUUUUCAAUUUCACUGUAACUGUGAUUUUCACAUCCAAGCCUUUUCAUAAAAGGGGUUACACUGCAGUUUUAUUCUUGUCUUUAAAGCUGAAAGUAACUUGUUUUAUGCAUUAUUUUACUUAAAAACCUUUUCAUUGGGACAAAACUGUUUUUCUGUAUGGUAAUUUUGUUUUCUUCCCUCUGCUCGCUCGCUUUUUUUUUUUGCUUUUUUUUUAAAUUUUGUUUACAUGUUUGGGGGGUGGGGGACUGUCUCCAUAGCGACAAAUAUUACAUAGAAAAGACCUGUCCCCCCAAUAAUUUCAAUUGCAGAGUGAAGAGUACAGGGGCCAUGUACACAGACCACUUUAAUUAGAUGAAGUGGUCUGGGUGCUUUUUGUGUCAUUUUAAUGGAUUUGCCUGCAGAUAUUGACCCAGAGAAGAAAUAACAUGAUAAUCACCUUGGACAUCUACAUACUGUCAGGGAUUUAUUUGCUGCGAGGCAGCACUUUCCAGGGGGAGGCCAAAAACACCGCCCCCAAAUGCACAGGCAAAUACCUUGUUAGCCUGGCGGCGGCUAACUAAGGAUCCAUACGGGCGGGUGGCACUGGCGAGGGAGCACUGAUUAGUGAGUGACGUCAUAUUCCGUCUCCUGGCAUCACUCUGUGGUGCGCGAGGGAGCUGAGCACAGACAGCUCACUAAUCAGUGCUCCCUCACCAGUGCCGCCCGCCCACAUGGUUUUCUUAGUUAGCCACCCGCAUGGAUCCUUAAUUAGCCGCACAACCGCCUGCAUGCAUCUUUGCAAGAAGACUGGACCCCAGGUAAAAAAAAAAAAAUUCACCCAGCACUCCCAAAGGUAGGGAGGCUGGGCGGAUUUAAACUGAAAUAGUAAUUGGUUAAUGUUUGGGGGGAGGUGGAGGGCAUUGUCAGUGUGUAUGUCUGAGUGAUUGGGUGUGUGUAUGUCUGUCACUGUAUGGCUGUCUGUCAGUGAGUGUGUGUGUUUCUGUCAGUGAAUGUGUUUGUUUCUGCGUGAUUGUGUGUGUGUCUGUGUCAUUGUGUGUGUCAGUGAUUGUGUCAAAUCAGUGUGUGUUUCUGUCAGUGAAUGUGUUUGUUUCUGCGUGAUUGUGUGUGUGUGUCUGUGUCAGUGAUUGACUGACAGAAACACACUGAUUUGACACAAAGUGUGUGUGUUAGUUGUUUAACAGGAAGAGGUGUGGCAUUGACAGGAAGGGGUGGGGCAAAUGUAAAUUAGGGGGUGCCCGACUUCCGUCAUGCCUAGAGCAGCACAGAUGCUAAAUACAUCACUGCAUACAGUACUGUCUGACCUACACUUGUUUCAUGUUCUAUGACACCUACAGGAUUGUUUGCUUUUGUUUCUGUAACUCCAGAGAGCAUGAAUGAUUUGUUAUGUGAUAUUAUUUAACCCUCUCCGCCAAGUCCACUUUUUGAGCAGUUAGCUAUUCUUUAUUACAAGAUGCAUUCAUAUCCCUAUUCCUAAUACCCCUCUUUUCUAGGAGCUUGGUGUCUUAAUUUAUACCAAAGAGUCACAGCAAUAAUACUCACAAUAAUGUCUUUACUACCAUAAAUAUGUCUGAACCCAGUCUGUGUCAAUAAGAUACGUUAUUCCUAAUGUAAGUAACAUUUCAGCAGCUUUUUUGGGUCUCAAAAAUUUCUCAGAACAGAUCUGCCCUAAUUAUGUACUCACAUCCCUAAAAUUAAAACUUCCUUAUUUUAUCAUUUGAGAUGUUGGGAGCAGUGAUGCAUUGACGUUUGAGACUGGGUUACAUUUAUAGAUUAUCCAAAUACAUAUAAUAAAUUAUGGUUCCUGAAAGAAAAACUCCCCGGCAAUUUUACUAAUUUGCAAUAUUUGCAGCGGCAUUUUAUGAUCAGCGUGUAUUAAAACAUUCAGCAUAAAAUACUCAGGAAUAAGUACUUUUCUGUGCCAGAUUAUCAUGAAUACUCACCAAUUAGUGGGGCCCCACGACACAAGCUCAACUGGGAUUCUAACUAG